UGGGGCCCCCGGGCAAUAGGGGAUCAUGGGGCCCCUGUGUCCUUUCCCACACUCAAAGAUGCCUAUAAAAAAGGUACCAGGGGCAUUUCAUGGGGCCCCCUACUGACCCCAGACCCUCAGGCAAACAUAGUGAGCAGGGCUACAUGUGGCCAGCUGUUGACUGACAAGCAGGGUGGACUGACAACUCAUUGGGCCCCCGGGCAAUAGGGGAUCAUGGGGCCCCUGUGUCCUUGCCCACACUCAAACCACACCCAAAAAAGCCUAUGAAAGGUACCAGGGGCAUGUCGUGGGGCCCCCUUCUGACCCCGGGGCCUCGGGCAGUGCCCGAGUUCCCAAAUGGUCAGUCUGCCCCUGC